AUGGGUUCAUUGAUCUCCUGCCCAGCAGAAAUGUUUGCUCGGGCAGAGCCAAGCCGCACCUCCGAUGGCUCCAAGGGCAAAUCGGUGACGUGGAAGCUGGGCGCCGACAACGAGGUCUGGGUCUGGGUGAUGGGUGAGCAUCCUUCCGACAAACCGUCCGCGGCCAUCUGCAAGGAGCUCCAGGCACAAAGAGCCCAGCUUCAGCCCGAGGGGCUGCUCCCCGAGCCCCCCUCCCACUGUAUGGCCCCGGCCGCGGAAGCCGCAGGAAAUGCUCGGGCGGUGAUUGCAGCGGCGAUGAGUUUGGGUGGCUCUGAGUCACCCGCAGGUGCUCCUGUGCUCACAGUUACUCACCGGCAGCCAGCAAUCCAGACCGACUCCUCCAGAACACCAUCCCUACAGCCACAGCUGGGGGUCCCGGCUGGGGUGCAUCUGCUCGGGAACACAAAAAGCACCGCGGAGGAAAAGAAGGAAAAGGAGAGAACACCUGCUGCUGCCACAAUGGGGAAAAGCCAGGAGCUCCCCAAGAGGGAAGCCCGGGACGUUCACCAGAUGCUGGCAGACUGCCACGCCAGGAAGCGCGGUACCCAGCAGACGGAGGAAGCACAGAGGAGAACUUCAGGAGAAGAGCCCACAGCUCCCCAGGAGGCAGCACCCCAGAGCCACCCCGCCUCCGAGAGCCCCAGGACGCUGCAGAGACCGGAUGAGAACGAGCCUGAAUGGCAGGAAUCCUUGCGGAAAUCCAAGGCGGCGGACGAGAAGAGACGCUCCCUCGCGCGACAAGCCAGGGAUGACUACAGGCGACUCUCACUGCAGGGUGCCCGCAGAGGGAAGCAGGCAGAUAUCUCCCGGGGUGCCGCCGGAGGGGACCGGCGACCGCUCCAGUACCCGCCCCUGCCCCCCAAGCCAAAACUCCUGCCACUGGCGAUGACCAACGGGAGGGCGAUUAGGAAAGAGGGGAUCCAGAGGACGACCUCCGAUUCCACGGAAGAAAGCAUCAUCAGGUGGUUCCGAGAGGAGCAGUUCCCGCUCCGAGCUGGCUAUCAGAAAGCCGCGGAUGCCAUCGCGCCUUGGUUCCACGGUAUCCUGAGUUCUAGGAAAGCAGAGGAGCUGCUGGAUAAAACAGCGCCGGGGAGCUUUCUGGUGCGGGUCAGUGAGAAAAUCAAAGGCUACGUGCUCUCCUAUCGCUCGGCGGAGGGAUGCAAACACUUCCUCAUUGAUGCCUCCGGUGAUGCCUACAGCUUCCUCGGGGUGGACCAGCUGCAGCAUUCCACGCUGGCCGACCUCGUGGACUACCACAAGGACGAACCCAUCACGUCCCUGGGGAAGGAGCUGUUGCUUUACCCCUGUGGCCAAGAGGACCAGGAACCAGACUACAUCUCCCUCUUCAAGUGA